AUGUCAGAUGAGAGCGAGGGGUUGCCCCUUUUUCCCGCGCCCAGUCGUCAUAGAAAGGGCACAGGCCUCAGGAGGGGCGACAUUUGGUAUCAUUCGUGGCAAAAGUGUAUCGAGCCUCUUACCGCUUUUUCUUGA